AUGAAUUGCAGUGACGAUCCAAGUCUCCUUCCCAACUCUCCUUUUCGUAAACCAUUCGCAUUUUGGACAUUAGGUGUUAUCAGUAUUAUUCUAUCAUUUUUUGCAAAUGCUGGUAAUUUAAUUAAUUUAUUUGUUCUUACACGACGUCAUAUGCGUUCAACAAUGACAACACUUCUAGUCACACUGGCAUGGGCUGACCUUGUUCCACCAACAGUUGUUUCACUAAAUAAUAUUUUAUUCUAUUAUAUAUUACCACAAAUGAAUCAUUCAUCAACAUUUUUAACAUCACAUAUUAUAGCUCGGUCUCUUUUCAAUGGCUUAGCAAAUAUAUUUACAACAUUUAGUAAUUGGCUCAUUGUUUUAAUUACUACAUUUCGAUUAAUUGUUGUUAAGAAACCAUUAGUUGCUAAAAAUUAUUGUAACCGUCGUACAGCACGUUAUGCAAUUAUUCUUAUUCUUUUUCUUUCAAUAUUUAUUAACCUUCCAUUAUUUCUAUAUACAAGUAUACGUAUUUACUGUAACAAUAAAGGUACAAUAAAAUAUUAUGGUCUUGAUUUAUCACCAAUAUUACAAACAAAAUAUUUUUCCAGUCUAUUUUAUCCAACAAUGGUUAUAAUAUCUUUACUUUUUCCAUGGUUAAUAUGUUUUCUUAUAUGGUUAUUUUUAAUACGUGCAUUACGUUCAGCACAAGUUCAAUUAACAACAAAAACAAUGAAUACAGCAUUUACAAAUGAUCGUAAACAAGAUACAUAUUUUCGUAUAACAUUAAUGAUUGUGUGUGUUUUAUCUGUUUAUAUGGUAUGUCGUAGUGUACAUUUAUUCGAAGUUAUAUCUCUAUUAAUACUUCCUUCAUUGAAUCCAAGACAACAACUUUUUUUUGCUCAAAUACGUAUGAAAUUAUUUUGUAUAUCAAAUUUAAUGUUAACAUUAAAUCAUGGUGCAAAUUUUUAUAUUUAUUCAAUUAAUCCAAAAUUUCGUUUAACACUUAAAUUAUAUUUAACAUAUUACUUUCGUCGAUGUCGAAUAAAACGUCGACGUGCAUUUACAGUGUUUCAUUUACGAAGAAAAAAAACAAAUGAUAGUUUAGAUGGUUUAAGUGUUCCAAAUGAUUUUAAUCGGUCAUUAAUGUUAGCAUCACCAAAUGGUUUUGUAAAUGGUCGUAAAUAUAGUAAUAUACCAAAUCGAGAUUCUAAACGAAAAACUAGUUUACGUAAACCGGCCAAAUAUAUCAAUCAAUUUGUUGAGGUUAAUUCCAAUAAUGAAAAUUCAGAAAAAAGUUUUGUUUGGAAAGAAAUUGAACAAAAAUUAAAACAUUCUUCUCGUCGAUAA